GUAAAAAGAUUUGGGUUCACAGAACACGCACGCGAUUAUGGCAAUGGCAUAAGACUUAGAGGUCGUCUUGUCUCCCUUUUCUGAGUUUACGCAAACACCGACCUCUGUUACAGUUAAUCUAACCGUUUGAUUCGCUGAGGUCAUGGCGUUUUGGCACCGAAUCCGAAAUCCCAACCUCAAAACCCUCUGCAUCCAAUUCCAACGAUGUUAUGUUCACCGUCCGCAUGCUUCCACCCCCAAACCCUUCCCUGUGGACAUUCCACAUCCGAAUUCUGUGUUUCAUGGCAGACCCACAAGUGUUUUCAAUACCGUGAGGUUCUUCGCUGCACCUGUUCAAUAUCAGGUAAAGCACAACAAUGUGGAGGACUCGAGUGAGCUACGGUUGAAUGAGAAAAUCAAAGCUCCAUAUGUGAGGCUUGUGGCGGAUGAUGGGCAUCAUUCAAUAUUGCCCAGGUUUGAAGCAUUGGAGCAUGCCAAGACGCUUAAACUUGAUUUAGUUGAGGUUGAUAAAAAUGCUAAGCCACCUGUCUGUAAAAUUAUGGACUUCCACAAGCAAAUGUAUAGGCGGCAAGAAAGGGAAAAGGAGCGUGCUAAAAGCAGGGCUGAGAUGACACUGCGAAAAGAUGUUAAGGAAGUGCGAUUUUCUGAAAAAACUGAAGCAAAAGACCUGAAGAACAAAGCAGAUAUGAUUAAAAAGUUAAUGGAGAAGGGUUAUCGAGUGAAGUGCAAGGUAUCGGGCAAGGAAAAUCAGGACUUGAAAGUAUUAUUUUCUCCUAUUCUUGCUCUGAUGGAAGAUGUCUGUAUUGUGGAAAGUGGACCACAUAUGGCAAAAAAAGAUGCAUUUAUGAUUGUCAGACACAUUAAGUAUGGGCUAUCAAAGAAAGGUGGGAAAAAAUUGCAAAAUGCAACAAACGUUACGACUCAGGAGGGUGAUAUGGAGAUAUCAACUGCCAAUUCUAGUGAUUCCAUUGAAUACGAGAGUCAUGCUGAAUCUGGGUUUGAAACGGAGGAGGAGGUGCUUUCUGAUGGUAACAAGCUUUCUAAAAGUUCCUUGUCUGUAUUUAGCAACAAUGUGAACAUGACUGCCUCUCCUAAUAAUCAAACAAAUGCUGCUCCAGAAGCAUCUCCUGUGUCCGAAAAUAGGUAUAGGAGCCAAGAGAAUAACGUCCAAUCUAAUGCACAAGUGCCUCCUGCUGUGACUGAGAAUAGGUACAAAAGAAUAGAGCCAAGAGGCAGAUUCCAACAAACAUCAAAUAAUACAUGUAUGAACUAUCAAGGUCCUGGAGCAAGAGACGCAUUCAGGUCACCACCACCGAAUUGGAAUCGGACAAGGCAAGCGCCAGUAAAUGCUAACCUUAAUCCAAGAAUAGAAAAUAACAGGCUAGCUUUUACUCCUCCUGGACCAAGACACUCAAUGCCUUCCCAUGAGAAUAUCUGCAAUCCUCCUCCUAAUGCUCCUAAUACCCCUAGACCGGGUUAUGGCAAUUUUAGUAGCCCAAGUGAGGGUAUUCCUAUGCAUCAUGGUGUUCCCAAUACCCCAAGAUCUUCUAGUUAUGGCAAUUUUAGUGGUCCAAAUGAGGGUAUCCCCAGGCAUCCUGGUGCUCCCAUUACCCAAAGAUCUUCUAGUUAUGGCAAUUUUAGUGCUCCAAAUGAGGGUAUCCCUAGGCAUCCCAGUGCUCCCAAUACCCCAAGACCUUCUAGUUAUGGCAAUUUUAGUACUCCAAAUGGCCAUGAGACACAAGGUGUAAAAGCAGGGAUGCAUAGGAACAGAGAAGGGAAUCAGUAAAUUUGAGAAAUAAUAACAGUCAGCAAAUAAGGUAUAUCUGCAACUCAAAUAGAGGAGGGUUGUAUCAAAGUCGACCCACAUAGGAUGGCUAACAUAUUUCAAGGACAAAUGUGGUGCAAUGACACAUUAUAUACUCUUCAGAAACAUGAAGCAAUGGGUGACACCCUUCAUUCCACGGGGCCAGUAGCUGUAUUUAUUUACCUUGGAUGACCUGUGGAAACAGGUCUAUUUAUUUAGUGAGAGUUUUGGUGGGAAUUUUCCAUCAUCUAUUGUUGGUAGUUUUAGCAUGGAAGCAAACAAUUUUGAUGUUUAUUUUAUUUUACUUAACUGUGGAGACGGGAAUUUUUUACCUACUGACCUCUGGAAAUUUUGAUGUACGAUGUAAUCUGUUUUGCCCUUCCUUCCUAAGCACGACCUGGUUCUAUCAUUGUUUAAUAAUCAUACAUUGGUCUAUCAAUGUUUAAUAAUAAACAUGGUCUUCUAUAAUCA